CAUUUUAACAUCAGUGCUGGAGUUUGGUGAGUUUUAUACCCAAAUUUCACCACUGACUCCCAUUAGUUCCUGCUUUAUUCCCAAUCCCGCAGGCACAACUUCAAACAUCCCCUCUUUUCUCAAAAUAAUAAAUAAAACCAGGAAAUCCAGUUAUUUCCAUGAGAAACUUUUAAUACUUAGAAAAGAACAACCAAGACAGCAAAACAACUUGUAAAAGAAGAUCAAUAAUUAUCAGGUAAUUAAGUAUAAACCUUUGAACUGUUUAUCACCAUAUCCUUCCUCUGCCAUUGUGCAUUUUCCAAGAAAAAUGGCAAUUUUUGCUUUCAUGACCAUUUCUGCUCCAUUUCUUGGGCAUUGACCCAAAUCAGAUCUAUUUCAUCUUUUUCCAGGACUGUGUGGCAACAAACCACCACUGACUUCCCCAAAACCUUAUUUUUCCACCUUCCAGCUUGCUUCAUAAAUCAGAACCAGAUUUAUUCCAAGCCUCCUGAUGUUCUCUGAGCCAAGACUCCAAACCACCAGGUGAGCUGGUGACAAUGAGGCAGGUCCAAGGUUGACCUAAAUCCUAUAUUUUUUAAUUGAUCCAUUAUUUAUUUUAAUUAUUAAUCUUGUCUAUCAAUAUAUAUUAUAUAUCAUUCACACUGGAUAAAGUUCACAUUGAUAUAUUCAUGUUUUAUACCUUUCUGAGCUCCAGCAGGCUGAAACAUCCAAAAACCAACUCAAUCUCUGGCCAGGGCUGGAUCAGUGAUCAAGACAAGGUGUAGAUUAAAGGGAUCCAAGCAUGUGCACAUGUUGUUAAACUGGCAACCAGGACUUCUCCAGUGUAACUCCAGAGGGGAACAACCUCCUUGAGCUGAGCUUAAAUAGAGUUUGAGGGUCAAGGUGUGGCUGGAGCCCCAGAUGGGGUGAUUAAUGCAAAUUAGUUCACUCUGGGACAAUCAGUCACUGUCUGAAAGUGCCCAGAGCCACCUGCUCAGCUGUGGACAUCUGGGAUGCAGGUACCUCAACGAGGAUAAUCCCAUCCUUGAAGGAAAACUGGGCUGUCUGGUGUCCACGGAGAGCAGCUCCAGAGCCAGAGGUGCUUUGUGUGACCCCUGGGGACCCUCUGGUCACUGGUCAUUGCUGGUGCCGUGUGUCCAUGUGACGUGGUGGCUCAUCCACGUGAUGCAUUUGAGAUCCCUGAAGUACAAUGGAUUUUAGAAUUCCAUUCUCCCCCUCUUUUCUUUGUUUAUUUGCUGUGCCAUGAGGAGCCCUGAGGGCUUUGUCCCAGGAGAGCAGAGGGAACAUAUUUACAGCCCUGUCACCUACAUGCUUAGAGCUGGAGUCAGGGAAGGAGCACAUCCUUCUCCACAUCAGCCUGGAUGUUCUCUGCUGCAUUUGGGACAAACCCUUGGCUCCCACACUGCAGUGAGGGCACAGGAGGAGCUGUAAAUCCAAGAGAAAGAAGUUGACUUUCUUCUUCAUGUCCUCAUAUCCUCUUUUUUUGGGGCUGUGUUGGAAAACAGCCUUCCAAAAGCAGAAUUUUUUAUCAUAAACAGGAGUAAUGGCUUCUGAAAAUUGGUUUUUGUUUUUCUUAGGCAGCUAAAGCAAGAUAAACAGAUUUAUGGAAGUGUUAAGGACAAGUCUUAUUUAGUUAUAAAGAAUUCUCAGCAGAAUGCAGUUGGUAACAAAUCAGCCUCUGGAAUUGGAUUGCUUUAAAAUUAAUUUCCAUUCCAUGUAAGUUUUAUCUUAAUUCCCAUGGAUUUUGGAUGUUUCAGCCUGCUGGAGCUCAGAAAGGUAAAAAUGUGUUUUUUAUUCACUGUGGGUGAAUAUAACAGUUUGAUGGACUGGAUUAAUAAUUAAAAGCCAAGGGAAAAUAUUCUUAAUGUGGUGUAAUCUGGGAUUUCACUGGCACUGGGACUUUCUCCCACUCCGGGUUUAUAUUAUCUCCAGUGAGAUUCCUCCAAGGUGUCUUCUGAAACAAUUUUCUUUCAAACCAAAAGGGAAUAAAUAUCUGAUUAUCUUCUUCAUUCUUAAUUAACAUGUGCCAGAAUAAAUCCAUAAUUUUAGGUAUCCAAGCACAGAAAAGCAAACUUGCCAUUUGUAUUUCUUCAAGCUCCAUGUUCUUUUCUAGGCAACUGAUAAAUAAAAAAGUAUAGAAUUUAUGUUUGGAAAAUACAUGGAAUAUCUCAAAGUAUGGCAAUUUAAAUGGUGAUUGACUGGAGUUAAAUAUGAAAGACAGUAGAAUUCUGGGUUUUACCAUUUUGAUGUAUUUCUUCCCUUUGCCUCAGCAGGUAAAACUCAGACAUGGGAGGAAACCACACACAGCCCAACUUCAUCCUCCUGGGAAUUACAAACACUCCCUGGGCACAGGCCCCUCUUUUUUGGCUCUUUCUGUUGAUUUAUGUGGUCACUUUGGUGGGGAACAUGGGGCUGAUGGUCUUGGUUUGGGUGGCUCCAAGCCUCCACACCCCCAUGUACUUCUUCCUCACCCACCUUUCCCUGGCCGACGUCUGCUAUUCCACCGUCAUCUCCCCCACAACGCUCACGGGUCUGUUAUUUGGGAAUAAAACCAUUUCCUGGGCUGGCUGCGUGACUCAGUUCCACCUCUUCGCCCUCUUUGCCACGGCCGAGUGUCACCUCCUGGCCUCCAUGGCCUAUGACCGGCACGUGGCCGUGUGCCACCCCCUGAGGUAUGUCACCAUCGUGUCCCCCCGGGCCCGCUGGCAGCUGGUGGCCUGGUCCUACCUCGUGGCCUCCCUCAGCGCCCUCAUCUACACCGGCUGCACGUUUGGGGGCUCCUUCUGCGGGCCCCGCCAUGUCGACCACUUCUUCUGCGACGCCAGCGCCGUGCUGAGGCUGGCGUGCUCCGACACGCGCGGCAGGGAGGCCGCCAUCCUCGCCCUGGUCAGCGCCAACGGGCUGGGCACCGCCGCGGCCAUCCUGCUCUCCUACGGCCGCAUCCUCCGCGCCGUCCUGGGGCUGCGCUGGGCGCCCGGCAGGGCCAGAGCCUUCCACACCUGCGCCGCCCACCUGGCGUCCGUGUCCGUGUUCUACGGCACCCUGUUCUUCGUGUACCUGCAGCCGGCGUCGCGGCACGGCAGCCGGGACAAGGUGGCCUCUGUCUUCUACACCGUGGUCAGCCCCAUGCUCAACCCCUUCAUCUACAGCCUGAGGAACAAGGAGGUGAAGGCGGCGCUGGGGAAGUGCAGGAUGUUGAACUUCUGCCGGCGUCUGAGGGGUGCAGCUCAUGGCGUCAGGGAAUCCUGGGAUGGUUUGGGUUGGAAGGGGCCUUAAGGAUCAUCUGGUCCUACACGCCAUGGGCAGGGACACCUUCCUUAGACCAGGCUGCUCCACACCCCAUCCUACCUGUCCUGGAACUCUUCCAGGGAUCCAGGGCAGCCACAGCUUCUCUGGGCAACCUGUGCCAGGCCUCCCCCACCCUCACAGGGAAGGAUUUCUUCCCAGAAUCCCAUCUAAACCUACUCUCAGCUUAAAGCCAUUCCCUGUUGUCCUGCCGCUCCAUGCCCUUGUGGCAGCAAACUGUUCCUCUAAAGCAAGAAUAAAAAAAUAAAAUUGCUUGGAUUUUUCCCUGAUCCUCACAAUGUUAUAUUGGUUGUUCCACAGUUCACAAAACUCAAUUACAAUAUUUACCCUGGUGAAACAGACCUCAACAGUCACAUCUUCCUGGGAAAGAAACAGGAGUGGGAGCCUCAAACUUGAAUUCCCUUUGUGGCCACGACACUGUCAGAAGAAAUCACACAGAAUUAUUCCAGGGCAUUAUU